UUUUCCCAACUGGCCCUCAACAGAUGAGGGAGGGACUUUGUGAGGAGAUAAAGGGUAUUACUGGCCAUUAGUGUCCUGUGGAUUAUCCUAAUCCAGCCCUCGUGCUGUCAGAGUGGCUACAGUAGAGUGCUUCAGUGUGGUCCUGUCACUGUGUAGGCAUGAAGAUGGAAUCCCAUGGACAGUGUGUUCUGUUGGCCCUCCUGCUUGUGUCUAACGUUCUAAUCCGUGUACACGCUCAGGAGGGGGAGGAGGUGACUGAGACAUGGACAGGACGAGCCUGUAAGUGUGACUGUGAGGGGGCAGAAUCCCCAACCCAGUUCACCUCCCUCUCCCCCAGCCCACCACGUGUCAUGGAGUGCAUGCCAGAGUGUCCGUACCACAAGCCCCUGGGUUUGGAGGCUGGAUCAGUCAGACCAGACCAGAUCAGCUGCUCCAACGAGGAUCAGUAUACUGGCUGGUUCUCCUCCUGGCUACCCAGCAAUGCCAGACUCAACAACCAGGGCUUUGGGUGUGCUUGGCUGUCUAAGUUCCAGGACAACAGCCAGUGGUUGCAGAUUGACCUGAAGGAGGUGAUGGUGGUGUCUGGUAUCCUGACCCAGGGGCGCUGUGACGCUGACGAAUGGAUCACCAAGUACAGCGUCCAGUACCGCACCGACCAGAAUCUCAACUGGAUCUACUACAAGGACCAGACGGGGAACAACAGGGUGUUCUACGGGAACUCGGACCGCUCCUCCUCGGUUCAGAACCUCCUGCGUCCUCCCAUGGUAACUCGCUACAUCCGUUUGCUCCCUCUGGGCUGGCACACGCGUAUCGCCAUCCGCAUGGAGCUGCUGCUCUGCAUGAGCAAGUGUACCUGAUUCUGUCUGUCCUGACGACCAGGGUCACACUCAGCAGGGUACAACACCGUGGAACGUUCAGACAGAAAAUGUAAUGAAUAGAACUGACAUGAUUCUACAUGACAGAAAGUCAUAUUGGUUCUACACAAUAUAUUUCUAUGUGACGGUCCUGUAAUGAUACACCAUCCUGAACAGGCCAAAGGAGAGCCCUGGUCGUUCCCCUGGUCGUUCCCCUGGUCGUUCCCCUGGUCGUUCCCCUGGACGUUCCCCUGGUCGUUCCCCUGGUCGUUCCCCUGGUCGUUCCCUAUGCCAAGGUGGAAUCUACUGCUCUGGAAACCCUAGUUUCCUUUCCUUCCCCAAACGGUUAAGUAAUAUCUCUCUCCCAGGGAUGGGGUUUAUGUGUGAAAAGGUCCAUUCUGUUUUCAGAUUAGAUGUGUUACAACAACAGUUUUAUUUAUGAUCAUUUUAAAUACUGAACAUAAAGGGGUGGAUGGCCAGGUGUUUCCACUUGGGUGAGGAAGAGUGGAUAAAUACACGCCUGUGAACCGACAAACACAGAGAAAUUGGGGAUGAUUAUGUGAUGAGGAAAGCUCAGAGAAAGAGAAGACUACCAGUCCUGUGGUUAACUGGAUGUUGUGUACUGUACUGUACUACUGUACUGUACUGUACUGUGUUGUGUACUGUACUGUACUACUGUACUGUGCUGUACUAUACUACUGUACUGUACUGUACUACUGUACUGUGCUGUGUUGUGUACUGUACUAUACUACUGUACUGUACUGUACUACUGUACUGUGCUGUGCUGUGUUGUGUACUGUACUAUACUACUGUACUGUACUGUGUUGUGUACUGUACUAUACUACUGUACUGUACUACUGUACUGUACUGUACUGUGUUGUGUACUGUACUGUACUACUGUACUAUACUACUGUACUAUACUACUGUACUGUACUACUGUACUAUACUACUGUACUGUACUAUACUACUGUACUGUACUAUACUACUGUACUGUACUACUGUACUAUACUACUGUACUGUACUACUGUACUAUACUACUGUACUGUACUAUACUACUGUACUGUACUGCUGUACUGUACUACUGUACUGUACUAUACUACUGUACUGUGCUGUGUUGUGUACUGUACUGUACUAUACUACUGUACUGUACUACUGUACUGUACUGUGAUGUGUUGUGUACUGUACUGUACUACUGUACUAUACUACUGUACUGUACUGUACUACUGUACUAUACUACUGUACUAUACUACUGUACUAUACUACUGUACUGUACUGUACUACUGUACUGUACUGUACUGUACUGUACUAUACUACUGUACUGUACUACUGUACUGUGUUGUGUGUUGUGUAUGUAGUUUGUGACAGUGAUGUAGACGUGUCUUUCGUUGCUUGUUUUAUUGUAUUCAUUUAAAGUUGACCAAAACCAGUUCCUGAAAUAAAGACAAACUCUUGUA